AGAAGCAUUUGCUGGGAAACCAUGACUAGGACUGAAAAGGGAAAGACCUUUCUCUCCCACCAUUUCCAUCAGUCACUCCCCCCACAGUUGGGAAGGGGCAUGAUUUUCUCCCACUUAAAACCAAGAAGCAAGUUGGAAUGUACCUCUGUUUCCAGUGUGCCUCCAGUCUUCCACUUUAGCCCACAGCACUGUGCACACCUCAAGAACCAGUAUGUGAAAAAGGCUGCUGCAAACCUCACCUUUUCUCAGGAGGUGGUGUGGCUGCGAGCGCUGCCCAGCAUUCCUUACAGCCAGUACAGCUUUGACCAUCUUUACAACGCAGACAACAUCAUCCAGCCUUGCAAGGUCAGGAAGGCCCGACCUGAGAAACCUGCCAGCCUCAAGUUCUUGGAUUUUUCAGGUCCCUCAACAAAGGUCACCUCCCAGGCUAUGAAGACGGAAAGCUCUGCCAAUCUUAAGAAGCUGAAGAAAUCAAAGCCAACAAGUGCAGUCCAGGAAGCACCUGGCCCUCUCAUUCUUCAUCCCCGCAGGAACCCAGACAUGGAUCUGUCACUUUCUCCAGAUGUGAACCUGGAGGAGAGAGAAACCUGGCUUCCACCUCCUGAAAAAGAGGCCAGAGCCUGGGAGGCUAUCGUGCUGGAAAAGCUUAACAAGCGCACUGCCCGAUGGAUCCAGAGCAAGCGUCCUCUGAGGCCUGGGGUGUUCCCCAGUAAGUGGCAGAGCUUCUUGCGCCAGCAGUAUGACUGGAGCCACAUCCGGGAUGAGCUCACUUCUUCCAGUGACCUGGAGCUCUUAAAACAGCUGGAGGAAGAAGAGGUGGCAGAAUUUGAGGAUCGAAGGGUCAUCCUGUCCACUCAGGUGGAGAAGAAGCCAGAGCUGCUGCUUCCUGUCUAUUAUAGAUUGCCCCAUUACUUGCCACAAGUGCAGACAGCUGAAACCCUGCCUGGUAACAAGACCGCUGAGGCUAUCGAUGAAAACGGGAGCAUCUACCAGCCCCCAAACCAGAGCCGUUGCGGACAGGUGAAUCCUCGAGCUGGAAAGUUUGCUUACUCCACAGACAACACCUUUGAACAGGAGAUUUACUUCGAUAAAGUCCAGAUCAUCCACCAGAUUGGUGCAAAGAGAGACCAAAUUUUCUUGGAGAACCUCAAUCGAUACAACAAGCAGCUGUCUAAGGUCUUCCCUGAAACCCCCGAAAGGUGGACUUCCCAGCCAGUUCCUGAACCACCUUGCAGGCCUGUGAAGGGAGCCCUGCGCUGGACAGCUCUGCCAACACCAGCCAAGGAUCUGCUGCUACAGGUGGGUGAGAAGGACAUGCCCACGAAGACCAGGAGACUGAAGAAGCAGGCAGAGUCACUGAAGGAGACUUGGGAACUGGAGGUCCUUCGGAGAAUGCUGCAGGAGUGGAAGCUGGCCUGGGCUCUGAUCAUCGAGUGGCACCAUAAAACUAUAGAGGGGCUGCUGCAGAGCUUGGCAGACAUCCAUGACGAAGUUCGGAUCCAAGCCAUCAUCACUUGUGCCACCGCUGCUUUAGAACGGCCCCGGAUUACCAUCAGCCAGGAGGACUCAGACAAGGAAACUGGGAAAGACCCAUCUAUCCAGGACUUGCCGGAGGUUCUACAGCCUGCCCUGAAGGCUGCCCUUUGUGACAAGAAUGCCAGUGUACAGAUGGCAGCAGCAUUAUGCCAGUAUGCUAUACAGUCACAUAAUCCUCUUGCCCAAGACAUCUUGCACGCUGCCCUUUUGAAGGGUAAUAGCGCAGACAGCUGGGCUGCAGCUCAGUGCUUGGCUUUGGAAGGUGCUGCCACUUACCCCGUGAUUAAGAGGAUCCUCCAACAGCUGUUUGACAAGAAGAAUGAAGACACGGAGCACCGGUCUUGUAUGCUCCUGAGCCAUCUCAGUAGGAAGACAACCCUGGUACACAGCAUGCUUGCUGUGGAGCUGAAUAGCCAUCAAUGGAAAGACCGGAUUGUGGCCUGCCGGGCUCUCUCCCAGAUUGGUGGACAUGUCAGUUUGGAUAUGAGACAUAAGUUGAUCCAGCUGAUGUUGAGUGACUGGAAUAAGAAAGUGAGACGAGCAGCUGCCCAAGCUCUGGGGCAGAUGAACCUUGGGAAGGAGGUGCAUGAUACUGUCAGAGUCAAACUGGGUCAAGGAAAUUCCCAGGAGCGUGUGGAAGCCCUCAUCCUGAUUCGUGAGCUCAAGCUCAUGACUGCCAAGCUUCUCCCAAGUUUUCUGGACUGCUUCUCUGAUGACUUCAUGGCAGUUCGGCGGGCAGCUUGUUUGGCAGCUGGUGCCUUGCAGAUUCGUGAUGAGAUGGUCCUUGAAUGCCUUCUGAAUCUGAUACAGAGAGAUCCCUUCUGGAAAAUCAAGGCCUUUGCCAUCCGAGCUUUAGGACAAAUUGGCCAAGUGAGUCCUCAGGUGACAGACCUCCUGCUCUGGGCUAUCCACUAUGAAAAAUCACCAGGUGUACGACUAGAGGCUUGCCGUAGCAUCCUAGCCCUCAAACUUCAAGGAGACCGUGUCAGGGACACCUUCCUAGAUGUGCUGCUCCUGGAGAACCAUGACGCUGUUCUAAAAGAAAUUCACCAUGCAAUGAAGAAACUCAACUUAGAAAAUGAAGGAAACCAAGAAAUGCUUCAGGAGAUCAAGAACAGGAUUCAAACAUUAACCCAAAAGGAAUUGUUGAUACAGAAAAUAUUCAAGAUUGAGAAAGUCAUAGGAAAAAUGAAAGAGGAAGCAAAACGUGUUUAUUUGCAACCCAAAGAAGGGCAGAAACCACUGGACCUACAUACUUUUCUCCAAGAAACUUUUCAAGAUGAGGUGGUGGUUUCUAGAAGACCAUCUGAGUUCUGUGACAUUGAAGCAGUCAUAAAGCCUGUGAAGCCCUGCACACCAAAUCCCUGGUCACAGAGUCCAGUCCUGGGCCUAAACACAAGAAGCAGAAGUCGCUCACUACUUGUCAAAGAUCUACGCACUGCCCGGGAGAAAAGGAUUGCAAUGGGACCCUUUGGAUCCGACAGCAAAGAUCUCCAGCUGAGUAAAAACUGAAAAGUUUUCCCCAGGGUUAUGUCCACCCCCCAAGGAAAGGUGAUUAUUUUUUAGGAUGAGCCUUUCUCUUGGUCCAAGACACAGGCAGCAGUGGACCUAGUCACAUUCUGUCUCUUUAAUUGAUGUUGUGUAAUCUCUUGGUCACUAUGUUUGUAAAGAAAAACCUAUUUAACAGUAUACCUGGCUUUUUAAUGUGCACCGCUUACA